AUGAGUGGACUUCAAAGUAGUAAUAAGACAGUACCCUCUGUUAUAGCAAAUGGGACUUAUACGGUGGAGAAAGAAAUAGGUAAAGGUUCUUUUGCCAUAGUAUAUCGUGGGCAUUUAACAAGAAACCCAAGUGAUCAUAUUGCUGUUAAAGCCGUAAGUAGGUCUAAACUAAAGAAUAAAAAAUUAUUAGAGAAUUUAGAGAUAGAAAUAGCUAUAUUGAAAAAAAUCAAACAUAAUCAUAUUGUAAGUCUUAUAGAUUGUGAGCGUACGCAAAAUGAUUUUUAUUUAAUUAUGGAAUAUUGUGCAUUAGGUGAUUUAACAUUUUUAAUCAAGAAACGUAAAGAACUCAUACAAAAUCACCCUUUGUUACAAGAGAUAUUCGAAAGAUACCCACCUCCCUCAGAGACACAUAACGGUUUACAUCAAGCAUUUAUAUUAAAUUAUCUUCAGCAGUUAGCAUCGGCGCUAAAAUUUUUAAGGAGUAAAAAUUUGGUUCAUAGAGAUAUCAAACCACAAAAUUUAUUGUUAUCAACACCAAUGAUAAACUAUACCGAUUCACAAACUUUUCAUACAUUAGGCUAUGUUGGAGUCUAUAAUUUACCGAUUUUAAAGAUUGCUGAUUUUGGAUUUGCUAGAUUUUUACCAAACAGUUCAUUAGCUGAAACAUUAUGUGGUUCACCUCUAUAUAUGGCACCAGAAAUUCUAAAUUAUCAAAAAUAUAAUGCAAAGGCAGAUUUAUGGUCUGUAGGGACAGUCGUUUAUGAAAUGUGUUGCGGUAAUCCACCAUUUAAGGCAUCAAAUCAUUUGGAACUGUUUAAAAGGAUUAAGAGAGCUAAUAAUCAUAUAACCUUCCCAACUUAUUUUGAUAAAUUUAAUGGUGGUAAUGAUAGUAUCAUCGAGGAUAUGAAUUCAAUAUCACUAGAAGAGAAGAAUUUUCAUGAUAUUAAUGACGAUUUAAGAGACUUGAUAUGUUCUUUGUUGACUUUUGAUCCAAAGGAUAGACUUGGGUUUGAUGAAUUUUUUAAUAAUAAAUUAGUAAAUAUGGAUUUAUCAAGAUACGAAAUUGAUAGUACAAAUAAUAUUGAAACAAAAUCAAAGAAUAUACAAGAGAGUAAUAUGUUUAUAUCUGAAUUUUUAUCACCUAAAUCGAGUUUACCAAAUAGAAUAUCAUCAAACACUGCAUUUAAUAAAGAUAAUGAUAUGGUAGGUGAUCCUUCAACACAACUGUCAACCCCUAAGAGAAAAAAUUUACCACUGCAAAAAAUUAGUUCAAAUAUUACUAAUAGAGGAAUUAAUAAUAGUGAUUUGAUCUUAGAGAAAGAAUAUGUCGUGGUUGAAAAGAAAAGUGUUGAAGUUAAUGAAUUGGCAGAUGAAUUUGCUAAAAAUACAAAUAUCGAUGCCGAAGAGCAUCAACAACAGAGUACAAUAAAUUUAAAAGAUCAAUCCGUUAAUAAUAAAAAUGGUAAUAGUAAACUACUGUUAGCAAACCAAACAUCUUCUCCAGUGGGAACAGAGAGAAACUCAAAUAGAACUCUAUCUAAUAAUAGCAGGGGUAGUAGGAGAGCAUCAUUAAUCGAAAGAAGAUUAUCACUAAAUUCCCUGAAUCCAACGAAUGCAUUAUCGAGAGCCCUUGGUAUUGCUUCCCUUAAAUUAUUUGGCGAAACGUCCCCAACACAAGCACAACAGCAACAAUUAAUUCAACAGCAUAGAGGUGGAACAUCGUCCUUUGCUUCACCUUCGAUUUUUAGUACGCAAAUGUUCAAUGAUCUUACUGAAAAGAUUAUCCUAAGAAUCAACAAAGAUGAAAACUCACAACUGACCAACAAUGGUGGAUUGGUAAUGGAUAAAAGUACUAUUCAAAAAUUAAAUAUAACAGAAAUUGUGCAUACUUUAGAAAUUCUAUCUGCAAAGGCAUUCGUUAUUUAUUCAUAUGCGGAAGUUAAAUAUGCUCAAAUUAUUCCAAUCAUGUCGAGACAUCACGACAGUCAAACUACAUUACCUGGAAAAAGACUAAGUACAGGAAGUUGUGCGAUAGAUGAUGAAGACGAGGAGGCUAAUAUAUCUGAUUUACAAAAGGAACAGCCCUGCAAGAUCGAUGACAUAGAUUUAGUUUUAUACAAGGAGGCCAUUACUUUAUACUUGAAGACUCUCGAGAUAUUAAGUAAAUCUAUGAAGAUAACUUCAUUAUGGUGGUUUAAGCAAGUUGAAUUGCAUCCGACUUCACAGGGACCUCCAUCAUCCUUAAGACUAAAUUUAUUGGUGCAAUGGAUUCGUGAAAAAUUCAAUGAAUGUUUAACGAAAGCAGAAUAUAUAAGAACCAAACUUGUGGAAAACGAUCUAAAUGACCACACUGAAGGUAUCUUCUUAGAGAAGCUAUUGUAUGAUCGUGCAUUAGAUAUAUCCAAGAAUGCCGCUAAAAUGGAACUGAAUGGCCAAAAUUUAACAUCAUGUGAACUUUCUUAUGCUACAUCUCUUUGGAUGUUAGAAGUUAUCAGGGAUGACACUAAUGAUAUUGUAGAUGAUGAUGAGACAAAAGAUAUUACGGAAUCGUCCUUGGGUGAGGAUGAUAAAGAGGUUAUUAAUAAAUAUAUUCAAAGCAUUUCUGGGAGAUUGAAGGCAUUAAGAUUGAGAUUGAAUAUUCCAAAUGUUAUUCCAGUUGAUAAACAUCUAAUCUAG